AUGUCGGCGCCGCCAUACAAACAGAUACUUGAGUGGUUGGACUCUGUCAUCGAGGGACUCGAAGGAAGCGCAAACAACAUCGAGACGCAAGCAGAGGAUGCGAAGCCAGGCUUCAUCACCACGCUGACUCAUGCGAUACCUUCAGACGAGCCGACCGCCUUGCCAACCCCUGCUAAAGCACAAACUCCGAUAUCAAACACAAUAAUUUCCAGCGUCGCUGCGCCGACGCCACUGGCACCCAACCUUCCACAACUACCGCCAUCAAGCGAAACACCAUCGCCUCCGCCGUCAGAUUCAUCCGUGUCCUCGGCUUCAUCUUUGUCCUCCGCAUCGUCCACCUCCGCGGAAUCAAAAGCUUCAACACCUCCGCCGCCGGUAGCCUCUCUGUCUCCCACGUCGGGAUUAGUACUGCCAACUGGGCUACCUGUAGCCUCCUCCGUGACUCUGCCCUACCUGCCGCCUACGACAUUUGCAACGCAGCCCGUGGGUUCCGGUACAUCACUGGCCGGGCUCCCUGCGACAGCAAGUCCCAGCGAUCCCAACAGUCCAUCACAGGAGAAUAAGGGCUUGCUCGCCCCGCCGGGGACAACGGGGGAAGUACGAGACAGUAGUCGGGCCAUAGGAAUCGCGUUCGGCUCACUGAGUCAAUAG